UAGAAUUUAUCAGAUACCUACCCAAUUUCUUGAUGUUACCUGCCAUAUUGGUAGACAUUUUUUGUUUAUUUUACAAAAAUUGGAAUCAAAAUGCAUACAAUAAUGUUGAAAAAUUUGUUAAAAAAUGUGAAUUCAAGCAUAAUCUCAUGAAGGACAGAGCUAUUAAAGGAUACAUGACAGGUGGUGGUCAAAACUUAUUAAUAAACUCUAACAACGUUAGUUGGCGACAUGUUAUAAAUAGCUGGAAAAAUGAAAUUAAAAAUUUUAGUUAUGGAUCGAAAAAUGAUCUUUCAUCUGUAGGACACUAUACACAGAUUGUAUGGGGAGAAACAUUUAAUAUAGGAUGCUCAUCAAAAUAUUGUAAAAAGUUCUAUUUAUAUGCAUGCCAAUAUUAUCCAGGCGGUAAUAUUGCUAACCAACUAGGAAUUCCAUAUCAUAUUGCUAUUGAUGGUAGACAAAGUUGUAACCGUUGCAAAAAAGGUUUGAUUUGUGCUAGAUCUCCACAAGACAUAAAGGGAAAAUUAAUUGAAAAAUGUGCUCUCCUUUGCACAAAUCAAUUAUCAAAUUGCCAAGAUAUUAAAAGAAAGAAUGCAUGUAAAUAUUUUGAAAAAGAUUGCGCUUUGUCAUGCAACAACGAAUGCCGUAGUUGACAAACCUCAAAUUUUCAAUAUUUAAAAUAGUUUACCAAAUCUUAAAUUGGUGGAAGACUUAUCAAGACGACUUUCCCAAUUUAAGUGUUUUGUUCUUAAAUUCCUGACGAUCCCUGCUUCCUAGUCUAGUAGUGAAAGAUCUUUUUUCAGAGGCUGGUAGGGCCUUUGGGGAUAGGAGGACUUGUUUAA